AAUAAAGAUGUGCUAACUAUUCGAUUGUGGGUAGGUAUGGUAGUUUCUGUCAUGAAAUUUGUUCCUAAAUCUGAAGAUACUACAAUAUUGCUAUCCCAAACAGUAAAGAUUACUGAAUUAUUAGAAAAUAAACCAAAGAAGACUUUAGAAGAGAUACGCUCUUUAGACCGGUAUCGUAUUGUGGAUUGCUAUGAG